AUGAUUCCAUCAAUAUCAGCGUUUCCUGCUAUCCUCUUUCUCAUAUUCAUAUUCGUUUUAUCCACUUCCAUGCUCUUUGCAAAAGGACAACGAGAUGAUCGAAAACGACCACCAGGCCCAAUGUCCCUCCCAAUCAUCGGCAACCUACACAUGCUGCUGGGAGAACUGCCCCAUCGCAGCCUCCAAUCGCUAGCCCAAAAGUAUGGUCCCAUAAUGUCGUUAAAGUUGGGACAAGUUCCUGCGAUUGUCGUUUCGUCCGCUGAAGCGGCGGAGCUAUUCCUCAAGACUCACGACACCGUUUUUGCAUCCCGACCCAAAAUACAAGCGGUGGAUCCACUUUCUAGAGGAACCAGGGGACUAGCUUUUGCAGAGUAUGGUUCGUAUUGGAGACAUGUAAGGAAAGUGUGCACCCUCCAUCUUCUAAGCGCGUCAAGAGUGAAGAUGUUAGCUCCUUUGAGAAGUGAGGAAGUAGGGUUGAUGGUGAAGUCAUUGGAGAGUGUUGCGGCGGCGCGCGAGGUCGUCAAUCUCAGUGAGGUGGUCGGGGACCUCAUAGAGAAUAUAAUUAACAGAAUGAUCCUGGGAUGUGCUAAGGAUGAUAGGUUUAACUUAAAAGGGCUUGUUGAGGAGGCACUGAGCUUGGCGGGACAGUUUAAUCUGGUUGAUUAUGUCCCGUGGCUAGGUAUACUUGACCUCCAGGGUUUGACACGAAAAUUAAAGAGAAAUAUUAUGGCACUUGACGAUGUGUUGGAGAAAAUAGUCAGAGAGCACGAACAAGCUAGAAGAGAACAAAAUGGCCAGAAUCACGUCGACUUCGUACACAUAAUGCUUUCCUUGAUACAUCAACCGACGGAUUUGUAUGACGACCAAAACAGUGUUAUUGAUAGAGACCACCUCAAGGCUAUUUUAGCAGAUAUGAUUUUUGCCGCAACUGACACUUCUGUCAUUGUGGUUGACUGGGCUCUAUCUGAACUCUUGAGGCAUCCAAGAGUGAUUAAAAAUCUCCAAAGUGAGCUACAAAAUGUGGUUGGAAUGAACAGAAUGGUGGAUGAGGCUGAUUUAGCAGAGUUAAGUUACCUAGAUAUGGUCAUUAAGGAGACUCUUAGAUUACAUCCACCUGCUCCUCUACUUGUCCCUCGAGAAAGUAUGAAGGAUGUCACAGUUAAUGGAUAUUACAUAAGAAAAAGGUCCAGGAUCAUGAUAAAUGCAUGGGCUAUCGGACGAGAUCCCAAGUUAUGGUCCGAUGAUGCUUAUAUGUUCUAUCCAGAAAGGUUCAUUGAUAACAAUAUAGAUAUUCAUGGGCAUAAUUAUCAAUUUUUACCAUUUGGUUCAGGUCGUAGAAGAUGUCCUGGACUUCAAAUGGGUAUAACCACAGUUAAGUUAGUUGUAGCUCAAUUGGUGCAUUGCUUUAGUUGGGAGCUUCCUUGUGGCAUGUGUCCAAGUGACUUGGAUAUGAAUGAAAAGUUUGGCCUCACAGUCCCAAGAAUGAAGCAUUUGCACGCUGUUCCAACUUACAGAUUAGCCACGGGCUAUUCAAACUGA